AUGGCUCAUGUGCUGUUAACUAUUGUCUUAAGGUUUUCGAAAGGGAUCAAGGCAUCAUCUGUGGAGACGGGGCACCAUGGUCGAGUCGCGGCCGAGUCUGGCCGCAAGGGCUCCGCGUGCAUGUCUAUUAUUAGCUCCGAUUCUGAUAUUGAGCGAUUUUAUCUAGAGAAUAUUAUCACAUUUCAGGGAAAUUUGGAUGAAGAAGUCACCGACUGGAAACAUAACGUUUUCUUGGCCAUCGACUGA